AUGAAGGGCGGUGGUGGAUGGUCUCCCUGCCUUCGCGCCCUGGGGGGACAGAGGGGCUUCCGGAAAGACAGGAGGAAGAUGGCCAGUGGAAACGGGCUCCCUCCCUCCUCCACCCUGGUGGCCAGGCGCCCCUCCGCCCUGGGCCCAUUCCCCAGAUACAUCUGGAUCCACCAGGACACACCCCAAGACAGCCUAGACAAGACCUGCCAUGAAAUCUGGAAGAGAGUCCAGGGCCUGCCCGAGGCCUUGCAGCCCUCCACCUUGAAGGAGCAGCUCUCUGGCCCCGUGGCUGGGACUCCGGCAAACACCGGGCUCAGCUUCCAAGAAGAAGCUCUGGAAUUCAGCAGUGACAAAGACGAGAUCUCCCUGUUGGUGGAGCAGGAGUUCUUGAACCUGACCAAAGAGCACCUCAUUCUGGUCACAGAAAGCUCGAGGGAGCUGGAGGUGCCUAGCAGCUCUCCAGAGGGCCCUGGACAGCCAGCUCCCUGCCUUCUCACGCCUCCUCUGGUGGUAGGCAGCAGGGAGCACCCACGAGCCUCUGUCAUUGCUGGUGACAAGCUCCUGGAGCCGAAGGUGGCCGUGUCCAUUAUCGGCAGCAGGCAGGACUGUGAUUCUGCCAUGACUACAGUCACAGGCAUCCUACGCGCUGCCAAAGUCAAGCGUGCCAAGGGGAUAGAUGACGGGGGCCACAGCCUGGGUGCCUCCAACUCGGAGAUCAGCAAGCUCCUGGCCCAGUUCCCACUGAAGUCCAAAGAGACAUCCAAGGCCCCCGACAACAAGGUGGUGCUGGAGGAGACACGUGUCAUCAAGGAUUUCCUGCAGAAUAGCAUGUUUAGUGGCCCCCUGCCCAGGGAGCCCAUGGGGCUGGGCCCCUUCCUGCUACUGCCACCCUCACCGCCUCCUGCACCCACUGACAAGCUCCUUGAGCUCCCUGUUCAGAAGAGGCAGCUCCCAGUGUUUGCCAAGAUCUGCUCCAAGCCUGAGGCAGACCCCGACAUAGAGGGGCACCACUUGAUGAUGGAACGGAACUCAGGUGCCAAGGAGCCAACCAAGGGUCGAGAGAGCCUCUUCCUCAGUCAGUGGCCCCAGAGCCAGAAGGACAUCUGUGGUGAGGAGAGUUGCAGUGACCCCGUGGGCUCCAUGUCCAUGGCCCUGCCGGCCAAGAAGUCUGCAUGGCCCACUGAGAAGACCCUGUUCUAUGAGUUCCUUGGGGCCACCAAAAACCCAGGCGGGCAGCUGAGGCUUCGCAGCAAAGAGGUGGAUGGGCUGGAGCUGAAAUUUAACUCACCUGUGACGGUGGCGGACAAGAACAACCUCAAGUACACAGGGAACGUCUUCACCCCACGCUUUGCCACCACCUUGACCUCAGCAUCCCUGAACCAGCCACUCUGGCUGAACCUGAACUAUCCACCUCCGCCAGCGUUUACUAAUCACUCCACCUUCCCACAGUAUCAGGGCCUAUACCCACAGCGGGCAGCUAGGAUGCCCUAUCAGCAGACCCUGCACCCCCAGCUGGGGUGUUACCCCCGACAGGUGACGCCGUACAACCCACUGCAAAUGGGACAGCAGAUUUUCCGCUCUUCCUACACCCCUCUGCUGAGCUACAUCCCCUUCGUCCAGCCCAACUAUCCAUACCCUCAGAGGACACCUCCGAAGCUGUCCACCAACCCCCGAGACCCUUCCCCCAUGGCAGGAGAUGGGCCACAGUUCCUCUUCCCCCAGCCAUACGGGUUUGGCUCUUCGUCUGGUGGGCCCCUGCUGAACAGCCCCUACUUUUCCUCCAGUGGGAACGGCAUAAAUUUUUAG